UCAUCAUUAGGUGCUCUCACUGGUUGUUGCAAUUCGGGAAUUUUCUCACAUAGUGCAAUAAUUAAGAGUUAAAACAAUGAGCUACAACAGAUCAAACAUAGGUUCUGGUAGUAGGAAUGUCGGAAGGAACAGGUUUGAGUUUGGAAGGACUUGUGUGGUCAGACCCAGAGGAACCCACCAAGCAACUAUCGUUUGGUUACAUGGCAUUGGUGAAAUGGGAUCAAGUUGGACUCGGUUCUUGGAAUCUCUGCCUCUCCCAAAUAUCAAGUGGAUCUGCCCAACUGCACCAACUCGUCCUGUAGCUUUGUUUGGUGGAUUACCAUGUACUUCAUGGUUUAAUGUUGAAGACAUGUCCGACAAUGCUACCGAUGAUGUGGAGGGAUUAGAUGCUUCAGCAACACACAUUGCAAAUAUGCUGUCGAAUGAACGUGAUGAUAUUAAGUUAGGGGUUGCGGGCUUCAGUAUGGGGUCUGCUAUGGCUCUCUACUGUGCUACAUGUCGUGUUCUUGGGCAAUACGGAAAUGGAAACCGAUAUCCAAUUAACCUUAGCUUGGCUGUGGCUCUCAGCGGCUGGCUCCCAUGUUCCAGGAUUCUGAGGAGCAGAGUGCAAGCAUCACAAGAGGCUGCAAGACGUGCAGCAUCACUGCCUAUUUUACUCUGCCAUGGACAAGUGGAGUAAAGAAAAUUAGAUCUAGUUGGAGAUUGUUGAAGCUUGAUAUUAUUGUUGGGCCCCUCUAUCUACCAGCUUCAGCUUCUAGAUGUUGGUGACUUGACAUGGUAUCAGAGCUCUCGGGUUUUGAAAGGUUUCACUUAUCUUUGCAUUGUGUUAGUGAUGCACCUUUGCGUGCCAGAAUCGCACGCGAGGGGAAAUGUUGAAGCUUGGUAGAAUUAGUCGGCCCUCCACUACUAGCUUAACCUCCUCCAAGGUCACAUUGGAGGGCGAUUGUUGAAGCUUGAUAGCAUGGUGGGCCUUUUAUCUACCAACUUAACCAUUUUGAUGAAUUAUAAUAAACACAUGACGACAGAGACUUGAGGUCUGUAUGAAGUUUAUAACCCAGUUUUGACAUUUUUUAUUCAAAUAUAUUUGGACUCUAUAUCUAUUGUCCAAAGGUCAUGUAAACUCUUGUCACCCACAAAGUCGUCCAAUUGGCGAUUCUCUCGACUAAAAUUAUUGUAUGAUAAUAUGUAAUGUGGUUAUCAUUUGCAUCAGAAAAUGAAUGUAUUUAUUUGAAAGGAAUAACCACAUUACUUGGUGUAUUUGGAAUACCAUCAAACUUUGAGUUGAUGAUGUAUGAAAUUU